AUGAGUUGCUCUCUGCCGUAUAUGUUGGUUAUGAUAUUCGUGUUUGUAGGAAGAAUAAUUGCAAUCAUUUUUGAUCUUUUAACUUUUGUUUUUGUAUUACCUUAUGGUAAACUAUAAUUUACACUCUUGAUACAGUGCCUGUUUGAAAAUUGCUUGUAAGUAUUUUAAAAGGAAAAUGGACAGAUGAUGUUUAGAUUAUUUAUGUCUGUUGGAUUGUUAUAAAUGCAAAUAAUAUACAUAGUUGGCUUAUUUAUAUUUUUUGUAAUAUAUUUUGUGAUGAGAAUUAUAUUUGUAAUAAUAGACUGUUUAAUACUGGUUGUAACAUUUGGUCAAACAAAAAUAUAAUUUUAGAUCACCAAAAAGUUAAAUAGCAAACUUAAAGAAGCCUUAGAGAUAGGAAUUUUUGAGGCAGGAACUAAUUUAUUUGGUGUCGAUUUAUAUAAAGAAAAGGUUGAAAUUGAGAAAAAAGAGUAAGAAGAGAAGAAGAAAUAAGAAAAGACAAUUCAGGAUAAGGCAACUUAGGAGAAGACAAUUUAGGAUAAAGCAGAUUUGUAUAAAGAAACUCACAGGCUUGAAAAUUGA